UUGAGGAUAAGCUCUGUUUUUCGUGUCCAUGUCCUUUUCCCGUGUACUAGAACAAACUAGGAAGGAUCCUUGACGACCGACUCCCAUUUUAAGAGAUCCUUCCAGCGUGGAAGUUGUGAAUUUGAUGCGUUUUGAUUCGAUUCAAUUUUGUCGAGCGAGGUUCUCCCGGUUUUCCGAUUUUCUCGAUUUUGUUUACAAUUUUUUUGUUUUGUCAUAAAGUUGGACGAAGAAAUGUAUGGAACUUGUUGUUCCUGGUCGUUGAAGCAAUUUAUUGAGGAUUUCUAGGAUAUUUGGUGUGUGGUAGACGUACUGGUUUGUGUUGAUUUCAAGUGCUCGGAAUUUCCGGAUUCUUGGAAUGUGGUGGAACGUUUUUGUUUUGUGACAUUUCAUAAGUGGAGGAAAAGGAUAUGCGUGGAGUUGUUAAAGGUGUUUUGUGACGUGUGAAAUUAAUUGAUUGAAAUUACUUAGAAGAUUUAGUGUUGAAUUUCGUGUCGUGUUUUUAACUGAACAACAUUGUGUUUUCGUUGAAACGGAUUAUAAUUGGAGUAGAGAAUGCGUGGAGUGAAAUCUGGAGCAAUCUUCAAGUAGCUAUUAAUCUCGGACGGAGGAGUAAUGCUUAAAAUUUGAGAUUAUUCCUUUGGCUAUAAGGCGAUAGUUAAAUUUCCUCAAUCUUAAGUGCAUACUAUAUGCUCUGGUUCGAUAGGCGAAUACUUGGAAAUUAGGCUCAAGUGGACAAACGAUUCCACCAUGUACGAAAGUUCUUGUUCAUAUCAAACGGCGCUGGACCUCAAGCGGGUCUCGCCUGCAACAGCGCAAGUAAAAACUGAGGACUGCAUAGGAAUAGGGCAAUGUUCCCCAGACUGGACCUCAUAUCGUUUCCACCAAUCCACCUUUGAGCAAUUGAAGCAAAGUGUCGAAAAGGCGAAAGCAGCACUUCAGGAUCGUACGGGAUUUUUUGGCACAUCAAGCGCAUUUAGUGAUAUCUACACAACACCAAGGUUAGCAGAUUCGUUAGAGUCUGUUAGUAUAAACGGUAGUGCGGCAAGUUGUAUUGUCGGUGUAAAUAGUCCAACAUCAUCAGCCUCUGGCUUAGUAGUUAACGGUAAUUGUAUAACGACAGUAUCGGGGACCACAGGACAACGAUAUCGAAUCGAUUCUCUACCGCAAGUUAGCACAAAUAAUUCGGUAACAUCUUCAUUGGCGCAAACUUUAGAUGCAGUCGUUGAUAACAAAAAUCGAUCAGGUUCAGAGAAGUCAUCGUUGUGCUUAUCUACUCAUGGAUUUAGUGAUAGCUUACGUCCCAGUACAAAAUGUGGAUCAGAUUCGUCUUACAAAACUUCAUGGGGUUCACACAGUACAUCACAAUCGCAAGGAUACGGCUCAAAUGCACUGAGCACAGUUAGUGUGGGAAAAUCAUCAUUAGAUCCACAUUCGCAUCUUCGACAACCAGAUCCAUAUCAAGUUUUUGGCCCAACGAGUAGUCGAUUAGCAAGUUCAGGUUCCGGACAAAUACAAUUGUGGCAGUUUCUUCUAGAGCUCCUCAGCGAUUCGAGUAAUGCUGGUUGCAUAACAUGGGAAGGCACCAAUGGCGAAUUCAAAUUAACAGAUCCAGAUGAAGUAGCCAGGAGAUGGGGAGAACGCAAAUCUAAACCAAAUAUGAACUACGACAAGCUAAGCCGAGCGUUAAGAUACUACUAUGAUAAGAACAUCAUGACAAAAGUUCAUGGGAAACGAUAUGCAUAUAAAUUCGAUUUCCAAGGAUUAGCCGCAGCCACACAACCCGCCGCCAGUGAUCACACUUAUAAAUAUCAGAGUGAUCUGUUUAUGACACCAUAUCAUCACAGUGCAAAGCUGAGUUCAUUUAUGAGCCCGCAUCAUGGAAUGACUUCAUCUUCAGCUUCCAUAUUUCCAUCAGCAGCAUCAUGGGGUAAUUGGGGAAGUCCGGCUACUAACCUCUAUCAACCACAUUCGAUGAGCCAUGUAACGCCAUCCCAUGUAGCACCACAUCUGAGUUCAUACCCUCACUAUGCCUGACCCUCACCAUCCGGGGGAGGAUUUUAAACAAAUUAAGUGGACUACACUUGAAGUUAUGUAAAUUUUUGUUAGUAUUACAAAAGGAAUAUUAACAAAAACUUAAUCGGUACAACCCCGCCACAUUUCAAAUUUCAAUGAAUUAUAAUAAUAAUAACGAAUCAGUAAAGCAAAGAAAAAAAUAUACUUAAUCGUAUUUAUUGGUGUAUGUAUAUAUUUACAAGGGUAAAUGAGAAAAUGUACGAAAUUCAACUUUGAAAUUGAUAUUAAAUCAAAAAAGAAAAUGUUACUAUAAAACAACUCAAAACGUCAGUGUAUUUUAGCAAUAUGUAUUCUAGUCUAGUACCAAAUAGAUGCAAUUCAAUUGUUUCUUUUCUAUUAAGAGAAUAUUUCAAAACAAAUUUUUUCGGAGUUUACUUUAAAUCAAGUUUAGUGGUAGUUUUGUAAAUAAUUGAUAGUACCUAAUAUAACUAUUUUAAAUGAAUCGUGUGAAUAUGUGAAGAGGAAAAACCAAAUUCAUGUGUAUGUAUGGAACAAUCUAAGAAUUAUUGUUGAUCUCUACAUAUUUGUAUAUAUUACGAAUUACUUCAUCGAAUUCUUUUUUAUGAUUAAAAAAUCAUUAUUUCAUCAUUUAUCAUUAUUAUUCUCUAUUCCUCAUGACAAUUUCCUUUCAAAUUUUAUUUUUAUAAAUCUUUUUUUUAUUUGAAAAAAAUGGAAGAUCUAAAUAUGUAUAGAGACACUACGCUGCUGCACUAAUCCCAUUGCAUUGUUUUUGAACAAAAACACUGGAAUUAUAUUUUAUUUAAUAUCGUUCUUAUCCGUUCAUUCUUUUCUCUUCUCUGCAAAUAUUGUAUUUAUACAUAUGUAUAUCUAACCGUUUACAAAAAAACUUCGUAUUUUUUUGAAUAAACACAAAUUUUAUUUGUAAUUUAUAUAUUUAUUUAUGAAAAAUGGAGGACGAAAUUAAAACUGCAAUCAAAACCGGGGAUAUUACUAUAUUAUAUUGAAAAUGUUGGUUGGCCCAGAUUUUUCCAAAUAUCUUAAAUAUUAUUAAAUUAUUCAAUAUUAACAAUAAUAAUUAAAUUACACUAUUUAUUUUAAUUUAUUUAUAUUUUAUAUUUUUAAUUGGUUUUAUAUUAUUUAUUUUAUUAUUUCAGCAAAUUUAUAUUUAUUUAAUUCAUUUCUAGCAUGGAAGACUGUGAUAGUAAUAAAUGUAUUUAAGAUGUAUGAAACCAUAAAAUUUUAGUCUAAAUGAUUAUUUAUAAUAGAUAUAGUUGCAGCAACCUGCAGAGUAACAAAACCAAAAAAAGAUCAAGUAAAAUGUUUGCAAAUUUGAAACUAAUUUUAAAUAAAUUUAAUAUAAAAGUGUAUUAUUUAUGUUUAUAUUUAUUUUAUUGUAAAAGAAAGUACAUAUAUAUAUAAAAACGAAGUCAUGAGAAUGAAAUUAUCUCAAAUAUGAAAAUGUGUAUAAAAUCACAAUACCUAAAGUAAAUUCAAUAUCUGAUGAUGUUGUUUCAACAAAAAAAACGUAAAAAUUAAUGCUAGCAAUGUUUAUGAUUAGAUGAGUGUAAAUGUGUAAGUUAAUUCUUAAUUGGAUACUAAAUUGAGAAAAAAUAUUGUAGGUGUGAAAAAAAUGGAAAAUAACGAGUAAAAAUUCCGAAAAAGUUUAAAAUUUGAUGAAAAAUAUAAUC